GCCAUGGGGUUGGAUAAAUAUUAGACAGAGCAUAGAAAGGUACGGAUAUCAUUGGAUUACCUAGGUUAUCAUGCAACUAUAUGGACUUCACAGUUCAGUUGGUUAUUAAACAACAACAAAAGUGUCAUCAAAGGAUCACUAUGGUCUCUUUUUGGAGCAAUUGUGUUGCAACAAUGGCCGAGGAUACAGCAGAGGGGCUAGCGGAACACACCGGGGACUUCUCCACAACGUCGGAUGACAACGAGCCGCUCGAGUGCCGGACUGCGUACCGAAGGUUCGGAGCUAAUGUUGACAGACGCAGGGGACCGCAGAGCUCCAAACCUCGCCAGCGACCCAGCGAGCGCCUCGAGAGGUACCUGUGUGUGGUGCAUGCCGCCGGUAUCGCAGUGACAAUUAGUCGGUUGGCUGGGGAUUUUGCUAUGCAUUCAUACAUUGUCAAGGAGGCCUGUUCGGAACUGAGGUUGGAAAUUCCUGACUUUUGUUCCGCUUCGGCAGAGUCUUCGGCAAACGGCGCCGCUUCCCGAACCGAUCCCCGAUUUUGCCCUUGUAACCUCGUUUAUAGUUGUAUGGUUGAUGUUUUGAAGUUCAGGUUUCCCUCUGGUGAUGCUGUUACUGUGAACUCCAGGAUAGAGAGGGUGUAGACAAAACAAAGCAUAGGUGCUACUGGGUAUGCACUCCCUACAUCAGAGGCUCAGAAU